CAAACGAUAACAUGGUCGCUUAUGGGAUUUUAAUUGGUAUAGUCCAACCUAUAUGUACCGAGUGUAGUAAAACACAUUUUGUUUUGACAUUGUGUGGAACAGCUAUAAAUAGUACAGUUGAUGACAUGGCUGCAAAAAUAUAAACCAGCAUGUGUUAGUAAUAUUACACACACUGAGUUCUCUGCAUGAACUGACCUAGCUAUAUGUUUUUUUGUUCAGUUGUGGUUCUAGCAUUUUAUUUCGGCGCAUUACCCAACAAUGACAUUUCGUAAUUAUGUUUUUAACAGAAAUGUACAUCCAGCGUGUAUAAUAUGCGCGGUUGAGUAAAGAUUAUGAAUGGCGUGUGGGCUUUCAAUGUUGAUUAUUGAUUACUUGUUCUAUUUAGUCUGUUUAAAAGUUAAUUAUUUAGAUGUAUAUAACACAUCUGCUUUCGACAGCCUUCCGAAACGGGGAUUAAUGUGACACAUUACAAUGCUGUAUUUAAAUGGAAUAACAGCCAGUUAAAACAUUUUGUUUUUCACAAAUAGAAGAUUGAGAGGGGGAUGUUUUAGUAGUCAGAAGACCAAUAUGGAGAACGCAAGCGGAGAAGAAUUAUUUCAGAAAACUUCUCGUCGUCCUAUAUACUACGAUGGUUGGAGUAAGGAACAUAUGAACGCAUUUCAUGAUUUAGAAUUACCGCAGGCUGUCAUGGCGGAAGAUGUUGGUGACGUUUAUGGAUCAACGAAAUUAACGAUAAAGGACAGUGUAAAAGAAAGUGAAGGCAUAUUUUGGCCUAGAGAUGUCAAGAGAAAAUGGACUGUUGGACUGUUCACAGGGACGUCCAUGCUCUAUGCAGCUCGUACGAUUAUGCCAAUGUGUAUAGUAACCCUGUCCCAAGAGAUGGCAUGGGAUAAGACAGAAUCAGGAACUGUUUUAUCGGCAUUUUUCUGGGGCUAUACUAUGACCCAGUUUUUUGGUGGUUAUUUGAGUGAUCGGAUAGGUGGCGAUGUUGUACUCCCUGUUGCAGCCUGCCUUUGGGGUUUGAUCACAUUCUGGACUCCACAAGUUGCUUACAUCUCAACUGAUAAAAACAUGGCAAUAUACCUCGUUGUGUUGUCCAGAGUUCUUUUAGGGAUGUCACAAGGUGUACACUUUCCUGGGAUGACGAGUCUCGUAUCGAGAAAGGUUUCUGAAAAGGAUCGCUCCCUAACUAUGAGCAUUGUAUCCUCAGGUUCCCAUUUUGGAACCCUUCUUACUGGAAGUAUUGGUUCUCUACUUCUUGAUAGAUAUGGCUGGCAGAUGCCUUUUUAUGCUAUUGGUUUAGGUGGCUUGGGCUGGAUGUUGAUAGUGAGAUACUUUUUAAUUAAAAAGCACCGGCAAAAGCACUAUGUUUUGGAUGUGAAAGUGGGCCACAUCAUAGAUAAAAAACCAACUGAGGCAGUUCCUUGGCUGACACUUUUUACGAAAGCAGCAUUUUGGUCUCUUCUUGUAGCUCAUUUUUGUGAAAACAACGCAUUUUAUAUCCUUUUAUCAUGGAUGCCUACAUAUUUUCAUGAAAAUUUUCCCACUGCAAGGGCUUGGGUUUUCAAUGUUGUGCCUUGGGUAGUGACAAUACCCAGUUCUAUAUUCAGUGGAUAUCUAGCAGAUAAAAUGAUAAGUAAAGGCUAUAGUACUACAUUUGUUAGAAAAUUCAUGCAGUCAAUCGCUUUGUAUGGAACAGCGACGUUUUUGGUUCUGAUAUCGUACACGUCAUCUUACGAAGGUUCAUUGACAUGCAUGGCUCUAGCCGUAUCGUGCUGUGGAUUCCACAACAGUGGUGUUCUAGUCAACCCACAGGACAUCGCACCAAAACAUGCAGGCUCUGUGUUUGGUAUUAUGAACAUGGCUGGUGCUAUUCCAGGCUUUGUUGGAGUCUACAUGGCUGGACACAUACUGGAAUCUACAAAGAGCUGGAGUGCGGUGUUCAACCAGACUGCUGCAGUGUGUGUGUUCGGCUGUGUCGUGUUCACUCUGUUUGGAACUGCCAAGCAGCUUGUUUGAUCACACACAGCAACUCGUAGUGUGUUCAUCAUAUUUCCAGCCGUGUGGAACAUAUGACUGACCAUGUGGAACAUAUGAAAUAUAUGACUGACCAUGUGGAACAUAUGAAAUAUAUUACUGACCAUGUGAAACAUAUGAAAGAUCAAGUGGAACAUAUGACUGACCAUGUGGAACAUAUGAAAGACCAAGAGGAACAGUUGACUAACCAUGUGAAACAACAUGCAUGACUGACCCUGUGGAACAUAUGGCUAAUCAUAUGAAUGAUUGGACUCAUGUGAAACCUGACUAUCCAUGUCAAACAUAACUACCUAUACGACCAAACAUGAUUAACCAUGUGAAGAUAAUAAUUAUGACUGAUUACAUGGUUUUCCAUUUUGAAUAUAAACCUGACUAACUGAAAUAAUCAUAUGAAACAUAUUACUGAUUAUGUGAAAUUCAUGAAUAACUGCAAUAUACUUAUGACGGUGUGUAAUGUAAGUUUGGGUAGCAUAAGCCUGACUAUGUGGAAUACUGGAAAUGUUUACAAUACAAGCUUGACUCUUGACAAUCUGCUUAGCUGUGGAAUAAUAUACGUUUUACUGAGGAAUAUAAGUUCGACCACAGACCAUAACUAAGCCUCACUGAGGAACACAGAGCUUUAGAUCUCACUAAUUUGGGUAUAACAGUUGUAGGUUUUUUCGUCUUUUCUGAACACUUUGAGGUCUUUUUAGUGCAGCAAUUACUGGUAAAAAGCAUUUCAAGUCAUUUUAAUCUAAUUGCAGCUUGACAUUCCAGUGGUUUUGAGGUGAAAUGUUUUUGGGUUAGCGUAUUUGUACUUUAUUUGGGCUUGCUUUUUUUGGUUACAUUUAUUUUGGGUUCAUUUAUAGCCUCAAGUUUGGUGCAAUCUAAAGCUUUGGAAAAUACAUGUAGAACAUUAUCCUGGCUGAUUAGAAAAAUAGUCUAAAUAUGGAACAUUUGUCUGACUGGAAGACAAGCCUGAAUAUGGAACAUUCACCUAACUGGAACACAAGCGUGAAUGUGGAACAUUUGCCUGACUGGAACACAAGCCUUAAUGUGGAAUAUUUGCAUGACUGGAACGUUUGCCUAAAUGUGAAAUAUUUGCCUGACUGGAAGACAAGCCUGAAUGUAGAAUAUUUGCAUGACUGGAACAUUUGCAAAAAUUUUAUAUUCUUGUGUAAACUUUAUUAGUAGCAGCCUCAAGUUGUUUUUAUUGUCGGAAUGGGAUUCUUGUAGUUUUCGCUUUCCAAAAUAAACCUAGUCUCUGAUUUCAGUGACACCAUUUGUUAAAUUAAUGUCUUGCCAACAUCACAUGCAACAUUUAUGAAGUACGGUAUAAUAUAUGUAUGUAAUGUAUGGCAAACAAAAAAGGUACCAUUAUAGGGAAAUUAUGCAUACAUCUGUUACAUGCAACAUUGUACUGGGACAUCACUGUGUAACAGCAGUUAAUAUGAGGGGUGGUUUUACAUUACAGGCUGUAAAUUGAGCAGGAUUCUCUGCUUUGGGUUGAAAGCAUAAGAUUAUGAGAUGGAGUCCCAAAAUAUCUAGAUAAUUCAUUUUUAUAAUUUUGACAGAAUUGUAAAAAAAAAAAUUAAAUCCCAAAAUUCAAUGCCUGAGUUUAGAAAUAAUCACAUGAUUGAGAAGAUUGGUAGUUUAAGAGGGAAUUGCUUUUAUUACCUAUUACACACUAAAUGAAAUUAAAUAAAUUGCUAUCAUCCACAAAAUACAUGUAUAUACUUGAGGGGAAAAGUUCCUGUGCAUCAAAUAAAAUGGGAUCAAAUUAACUAAAGUUUGUAAAUGGUUGAAAUUUGUGAUUUGUGUGGACACCAUAAUCGUGUAAAUGAUCUCAUGUUUACGAAUGACUAAUAAAUAAUUUGUUGAAAACA